GAAUUUCCGAUCGAAAGCGCGCGUCGCGUCGCGUGUCGCGUCACACGGUCUCGCCUGGAGACAGCUGGAGGACAGCUGGGGUACUUGUCAGUCGAUCGCUACGUGUCCAAGAUUGACGUGGGGAAGUCCUGAGGCUCUCGUCCGGUAUAUGUCCGGCGAUAUGUCGAUGGUGGAGCGCCGCUGAAUUCUGGCGGGGGGAGAUCAACCGCGAAAGCGAGAUAACCAAGCUGAUAGGCUCGUGUAAACAUAGCCGCAUAGAUGUGAACAAUGAACCGUGGCUUCCCAGUUGGGUUCCGCGAACGGUCGCUCAGCCGGUGAGAGAGCGCGCGAGAGGGUACCGAAGUGCUCGUCUUAUCUGAGUACGAUGCGCCGCAUGCGAUAAGGGCUCGCAGCAUAAGUGGAUUUUGUCAUUUUCGCGAGGUAAGCCCAGAAUCAUGUAAGGUGACACGAGGAAGCAUCGUCGUCAGCGUAGUUUGCUUUAGUCACGAAGUGCGAAAAAAAAACGCAGCAAUGGGCUCCAUCGCUCUGGAAGAGUACGAGUUGAUGAAAGACUCGAAAUAUCGAGUCUAUGUAUCUGCAGUCGACAAAGCCCUGAAGAGUUUUGAAUACACGAGCGAAUGGGCAGAUUUAAUCUCUGCAUUGGGGAAACUCAACAAGGUAUUAUUGAGUCAUAUGAAAUUCCCUGUUAUUCCAAGAAGAAUUAAGAUAUCGAAGAGAUUAGCUCAAUGUAUGCAUCCGGCAUUACCUUCUGGUGUUCACUUGAAAGCUUUAGAAACAUAUGACAUUAUAUUUAAGUGUAUGGGCACUAAUAGACUCAGCCAUGAGCUUUUUAUUUAUAGCGCAGGACUCUUCCCAUUACUGGGUCACGCUGCUAUGAAUGUCAGACCGUCCUUGUUAACGGUAUAUGAGACACACUUUGUACCACUUGGCGAAAGAUUGAGACCAGGAUUGAGUGGGUUUUUAAGCGGUGUUCUUUUGGGCCUAGAAGAUGGAUCCGAUCAUUUUGACAGAACCAACUCGUUACUCGAAAAAGUAUGUGAGGGUGUUGGUGCGGAACAUUUUUAUGCAUGUCUCUGGGACUGCUUAGCUUCAAAUUCUGGUAUUCGAUUGCCUGCGAUAUCAUUUGUGCUAGCACACUUUAACAAAAAACUAUCCAUGGAAGAGCAAAAAUAUAUUAUGGGUACUAAUACUAAAAUUAUGAUUUCAGCCUUAUGCGCUGGAGUACAAGACACUUCAGUAUUAGUGCAGAGAAGUGCACUUGAUUUUCUGUUAAUCGGUUUUCCUAUACAUAACAGUCAAUUGACACAUCAAGAUAUGAUAUUGUUAAUAAGAGCUGCUCUAGUUACUAUAUUACGAAGAGACAUGAGCUUAAACAGACGUUUGUUUGCUUGGCUGUUGGGCACCGAAGUAAGCACAUCGAUUUUAAAGAAGAAGAGCCAUGCAACUGCAGAUAUUAAAGAGGAAGUAACAUACUUUGAUAUGUAUUCGAAAGAAAUGUUAGUCGAAGCGAUAAAAUACUUACUUAAAGAAGUAUGUGAAGAAAAUUCGCAAGAUCUGAAACCAUAUAGGAUACUUGUUUCAUUACUUGAUAAGGUGGAUAUUGGACCAAUAAUUUUGGAUGACAUUCUGUUUGAAGUGUUUAGGACAUUUUAUAAUGCCUGCAAACAAUCUGCGUCGAAUCAUGUACCGAAAGCAAACGAAGUGGUGAAGUCGGCGAAUCUGUUAUUCUCGACUUUGGAACCGUCGUAUAUUUGGAUACACUGCGGGCAUCUCUUUGAAAAAGCCUGUAACAUGAGAGCAAAGACGCAAGUCGCGAUCGAAGACGUUACUGUAAGACCGAUCGGUAGUGGAAUGCCGAAUCUCGUGGAAGUGUGCAUGCUAACGGAAUUCUUACUCGAGACCGUGUCAUUGGAUGCGUUUAUAGACACACCAUCUGAACAUCUUCCUGGUUUAUUUUACGAAAUAAUCAGCAAGCUUUUAUAUCACAGUAGUAUCUUGUCCCCAAUGGAGAUUUCGAAAAGUCUAAAAUUGUGCGCCAAAAUUUUGUCGAAAGUGCAACCGACAAUGAUAACGGCUCAUGCGGAUAAAUGUGAAGUAGAUGCCAAGUUAGACACGUCUUUGAAUAACAUUACAGUUCCCAGCGAUAAUUCCCUGACGGCGAUUCCUCUAGAAAAGAGUCAAUCAGAUAGUAAAUUGAAUAAACCCGAUACAUCUAAUAUUUCCUUCACAGAAAAAAGCCCAAGUACGAGAAGAAGAGCCAAUUCCGGCGGUGCCGCUAAAAGGAAUGAGAAAAAGUCGAAAAAGAAGAGUAGCAAAAGCACUUCGAAGUUAAGCGACUCAUACACUAUACAGGCCGAUGGCAGUGGCAUUUCCGUUGUAGUAAGCGAAGACAAGAAAUCUUUACCUAGGAAUAAAAGCAUGGAUGACAUUAAGGCGAGUUGCAUCGAUGUCGAUGGAAUAAACUGUUCGUCAAAGAAUCAGUCCUCGGACAGCCGUCUAUCCACAUUAAAGCACUUGAAGAAUGUCAGUCCAAUGGGAUCGACGGGAUCCUUGUGUAGGGGACCAUCUCCGGCGUUUCAGGCACAGCAUUCCAUGCUGGAAAAGUGCCUCCGACAAUACGAGAUAUUUUAUGUUAAAUUAAUUAGCAACCGAAUACUUAGCAGGGAAAGAACAGUGCAAGAUAUGUUCGAUCACCUAGUGGUGUCCUGCCCGAGAAAGAGUUUCGAUGAGAGAAUGCGUUAUUUGGAAUUCCUAUUGAAUUCCAGAUUAAACAUAGACGAUUCUGGAUUCUUUAGUCAAGACGCAUCCGUAACUGAGGAUACCAAGUGCCUGGAUAUUUUUCAUUUAUUCCUCGACAUUGCCACGCACUCGGAAUGGACUGAAGCCAUGAAAAUAGCGUCCAGCUUGUUUGUUGAGCUGUCCACAUUUCCGAAAUACUUUCUGCCUGGCGACGACGUACUCGUGGAAGAGGAACCAAAGUUCGAACACGUUCUUCCGGAUUGGUUGAAAGUUUUGAUAGUCUGUUCCUGCUGGUUGCAGAAGCAGCCCGCGUUACAACUAACAAGUAUCGCCACGUUACUGGAUCUGGUAGCAUUGUUAAAGGCGCAUAAUGACGUUGAGACACAUCCGAAAAGUGGAGAGGGUGUAACGACUGUUAUUAUUGUGCCUCUAUUGAAACAGUGGCACGUAACUUAUUUGAUGCAGUAUACUAAUGUGUUUCAGGUACUGGCACAUUCGUUGUGGCAUCAUCUGGGCGAGCUUCCCGCACAUAAAUUUAGGAUUCGUUGCGUAGAACUAUUACAUGAAUUACACCAUGCUUUGUAUGAUUCCUGCGAUGCGGUCGAGGAUCUGAUAGGAUCGGCACUCACCUCCGAGAAUCCCGAAAAAAGGAUCGAGGCAUUUGGUAGAUUCGCUACUCUCUGGCACUUGGGACGAGAAAUCGAAACAAACCCGAGGUUGCGUGGCUGUCUCAGAACUUUCGACCAAUCUUUAUUGAAAAUAUUGGACAAUCUUCAGCUUGUGGACAAUUCGCCGUUAAAAUUACAGGCCCAAUCAUGGCUGUUACAUUCCUUGAUGCGUGGCGAUAUAUCGCGCGUGAUAGAUCCUCUGUUGACAAUAUUAUUGGAUCCAUCCACAUGUCGUAUGAGCGUCCUUCACGUGAGUAUACAACACAGUAAUACCGUCCUAACGAAGAACGAUCCUGUGGAAGAGAAAUCGGAAGUUCAGGAUGACACGGAAGGUGCCGCGAAAAUUUACGCGAUUAGCUCGGUCGAUGGUAAUGUUAUAUAUCAUGUGAGCGAUAACGUGGACGAGGAUAAAAAAUGGAAAAAGGGUAAGAAGAAAAAGCAGGCGAUAAAUCCUGUAAAAAUAAAACGGAUCUUUGCGGUAACAACGCUGGCGACUGGUGACAAUUGCAAUCACUACGUCACAGAGAGAAAUCAAUUUAUGAAGGAACUCGAAGUACCUCCUAGUAUAUCCGGCAAUAGAAAGAUUUCGGUGUUUGUGAACCCCCUUUCAAUCAACUGUAAUGAAAAUUCAAAUGAUUCUUUGACGGAAGAUGACUCGCUGCCCAGCAUGCGCAAGACGAACUUAACGACAGAGUUGUUGAAAAAUGCUACCCGUUUCAAGAAGAUCGAUUUCGACAAAGGUUCUACUGCCAGUUUAGAUGAGAGUCUUUUCGAAUCGGUGAACUCUAGCAGUCUAAAAGUAAAGGACAAAAAUAGCUUUAAGAAGCUGAACGAUGAUGUCGAUUCAUCGUUAGACUCUAUAACGAAUAGCUUGGAUUCAAGCAGUCCCGAAGUAACUAAUAAACAAUCCAAACAAAAGAAGGAAACAAUCAUAAUGCCGGGCAGUUCCAGAGAAGUGGCAGGCACCAUUAUAAAAGGCAGAUAUUACAGCACGAACGAGUUCAGUGCGAAUUACGAUCAUGACAUUGGUAGUUUCGAAGCGAGCGCAGAAGUGCCUAGUUGGACGAUGGACGAUGACGAUGGCGAUUUGGAUAUCAGUACAACCGCAGAGGAGUACUUCAAUAAUUCCAGCAGUGCCAGUAUAGUCGAAGAGAUUUUGAACGAAGUGCUCGAUCGCGCGAUGCAAUUGUGCGACGUCGCUGAACCACCUAAAAGCGAAGAAAUUCAGCAGCACAAUGCGAAAACCAAUCGAAAUGUCGGUUUGGGUGUUCACAAUCUUCAUUCUCACAUGUUGCUCUACUGCGGAGUGUAUGAUUCGGCCAGGACUCUUUAUGCUCUGCGUACUCUCAGGAACGAACUCUUGACGAACACGCGAAUGUUCCUUUGCUGUGCGGCAACGACUGGUGUAGCAAACGCGACGAAGAACACAGUGUUGUUAAACUUAUUGGCGAGACAUAGAAAAAGUGUUUUCGGCAGGAACUUUCAUGGUGAUAUAGCUAACACGGAAUUCAUAGCGGCUUACAGAAGUAGCAUGUAUUUGGAAGUGUUGAUAAGUGUGUGCCUGUAUUUUGCGAGAAGUUAUUAUCCCAAUCUAGGGCAAAUGAGGCUUACGUAUGAAGAAAUCGCGGGUAAUCGUCAGGUACAACUUGCAAGCGCAGAGUUACUAACGUUAAUAUUUUCUGAGUUAAUCCCGAUUGUCCGCGAUUCUGGAAAAGGUUUUAGCUGCUAUAUAGUCGAUUUGCUGACUAAAUGUAAAGUACAAAAAGUUGCUCUGCAUUGUCUCGUGUCCAGUGUUAUGAGUAUGAAAAACGCUCAUAAGGAAAACGAGGAUGUUUUCACGUUUACCGAAGAAAUUGUAUUAUUUAAUGAUCCGUUUAUCGAUAAUGAUGUUAACAAAUGUAAAUAUAGAGCAAGUGAUCACACAGAAGCUUUCCAAAUACAAUUGUUACGGUUAUUAUUAGCAUUAAUUAUGUUGGAGCAUCAGUGUAGUAGUCAAAAAGGAGAGGAAAUCAAUACGACGACGUCGUCUAUACCAAGUUCGCCGACACGUGCGCUGCCGAAUUUAAUCGGAAAUAGUUUGAAAUACAUCUCUGGAGCAGCAAUACCACAGCAACCAAUGUUUCUUGCUAGUAUUCUUAGCGCCCUGCAACUUGAUCAUAUGAGACAUCUUCACCAACAUUGGACGACGCUUGUAACGUCCAGCCUGCCAUUUAUGGGAUCAUCUUUAACAUCCGUUGUAACAUCGGUUAUUCAUCAAUUAUGCAGUAAUAUUGAGCACUUGGCAUCGUAUUACAUCAACGAAGAAGCGGCAUUAACAUCGAAAUUACAAGAUAUAAGUACGGUGGAAUGCUGCUUACCCGCAGAUUACACAGUGACACAUUUGGAAGCUUUAACGUAUUUGCUGCAUUAUUGUCUAUUGGACACGUCUCAGCAAAUUGGUUUUUCGUUUAAUCAGCCAUUAAGUGCAAUACAAACGGGAAUUCCCGGUGCUAAUCCCGGACAGAUAUUCAAUAAUCUUAUACAUGUUUUCAUGCCAAGCCCACUUUCUCCGGAUUUAUCCACAGCGAAAGAUAAAACUGGUGCGAAUGAGUUGCAACAACAUGCCAGAAGAACAGCAUUAAGUCAUUUGCCAAGAAUAAUAGCGUCAUUGUCUGCCUUAUGGCAAACGGUUUUAGCAACAAAAGACAACGAACAAGCCAGUUGUGUAGUGGGUAGUCCGAGAAUAGUCAAAUAUCAAUUGUUGGAACUUUUAUCUCCAAUCUCUUUCCAUCACGGAGCCAACUUUUUGGCCGCAGUCGCGGUUGCCUGGCACGAAAGGCGCCAAUCAUCCGCUGCGUCAAAGAAGAUACUUCCAGAAGCCUGUCCUAACCAACAAGUAAUGGUUCAUCUCGUUAGCGCGAUUCGCGUUAUGCCCAUUGAUACGUUGGUACACACUGUGCAUCAAGUAGUGAAAACACCACCGCCAAUACAUGGGAUUAAGCAAGAUUUUUCAUUGGAAGUCUCGGUGCUAGAAUUACUUUAUGUCUAUAUGCAGAGUAACACCUCACAAUCUCUUAUCGAAUCUUGGGCAUCAUUACUCAGUUUAUUAAAGGAUGGCUUGUCGUUAACAGCACCUGCCCAAUUUCUUUUGCUGGCUAUAUUGAAUGAAUAUGUACAAAAAUGCCCACCUAUGCAAGAAAAGAAAGAUAUCAAAGAUUUGCAAGAUGUAUCUGCGAAGUUAAUCGAAUCAUGUUCGCAAAUAGCCGGUGCUUGUUUAGAGCAAAUUUUUUUUUUUUUUUUAUUAUGCAGUCUUUGCCAAUUGCAAAUAGCUCUAUGCUUCUUUCGCAGUAUGUUCGUAAUUAUUGAAAACUUUGUUGCAGUAACACCUGGAACCCCACCUAACGCGGCAUACAGCGUUCAAGCUCAAGCGGUAUUAGCAGAAAUACUUGCGCCAUUAUUGGACGUCAGUUACGGUUCGCAAGAGAAGGAACGCGUGGUAACGCUAUUGACAAAUCUCAUGUACAACGUUACACCUUAUCUAAAGAAUCACACAAUAAAAAAUAUCGCCUCAUUCACUGCUUGUUCUCAAUUAUUGGCUUCCUUGUCGGGAUAUCAGUACACGAGAAAGGCUUGGCGCAAAGAUGUUCUAGAUUUGUUACUCGAUCCAGCCUUUUUCCAAAUGAUACCUGCUUGUCUACCAUAUUGGAGAACCAUAAUAGAUAAUCUGAUGACGCAUGACAAUACUACAUUCAGAGAUUUAAUGAAUCGUGUCUCCAUGGCUCAAGGCAGUGGGAUCAGUAUAUUUUCUUCAAAGGAACAGGAGUAUGAGCAGAAAGCGCAACUCUUGAAACGAUUGGCAUUUGUUAUCCUUUGCAGCGAGAUGGAUCAAUAUCACAAAUACAUGCCAGAAAUACAAGAACGUUUAGCAGAUAGUUUACGCCUACCUCAAGUAAUCCCAUCUAUUCAAGCGCAAGUGUUUCUCUGUUUUCGCGUACUGCUAUUGAGAAUGUCGCCGCAACACGCUACAUCCUUAUGGCCAGUAAUAGUUAGCGAGCUUGUUCAAGUUUUUCUUUACAUCGAGCAGGAAUUAAGCACGGAUAGUGAAGAGUUCAGUCGUCAUAGCAGCUCGCACAUAAAACUGCUGUCGGCCUUGGAUUCGUCGUGGGCCGUUAACGCCAGUAAUGGACUUCAGGCACACGGACAUCCUCACUGGUUGCAACUGCAGUUGGCUGCCGCCAAGUUGUUAGACCUCGCGUUGUUGUUGCCUGCGCACAGAUUGCCGCAGUUCCAAAUGUAUAAAUGGGCGUUCGUCGGAGACGCAGCGGCAGGCUGCAUGGAUAACAAUAAUUUAUCUUCGGAUUUUGUACCGCAUAUUACGAGAAUAGCGAAAUUGAUGGACAGUAAGUUCAAGCCAGAAGGUCCACUACCCAAAAGGAAUCCGGGAGAACUUCUAUUGACGUCAAAUAAUGUUCGCUCUUUACAAGAUCUGCAUCAUUUCUUUUCGAGUCUUAGUCGUGCUACGUGCGACACUUAUGUACCGAUAAAUAACACGCAACUGGAGACUGUAAUCGAACAGGACUUCCUUGAAAAAAUGCCGGCCGUACCAGUGAGAUAAUAAGAAUAUAUGGGUAUUGGGUAUAUAAGUAAUAUUUAUUUAUCAGACAGGAAGCGUAAGAGAUAUAUCGCUAAGACUUUAAUCCUUUGAUAUAUUUAUAAAAAAAAUUAUACAAAGUAUCACAGAAAUUCGCCGCACUUAAGUCUAUACGUAAAUAUUGCAGUGUAUAAAAAUAUGGCACAAUUAGAAUACAAAAAACGCGUCAACUGCUCCUAUUUUCUGCUGUUGAACGUAAAUGUCUCUAAGCACUUGCUUUACAAAAAGGGGAAGAAAGGAAAAGAUAAGAAUUUUUGCAUAAAUUAAAAAAUAAGAUAAAUUUGAAGACGAUAAAUUAUAUUCAGAUGAAUUUUAAUUGAAGAAGAUGAGAAGAAUCGAUAUAUUGAGAAUUAUCAGUUUCUUUAUGGACAAGUCGAUUAUAAAUGAAAAGUUUCUUUUAUAAUUGAGAAUUGAAGGUGAAUCUGGGGCAUGUAAAAUAAUAUUCGACAUUUUCUGUUACUUUAUUAAUUAAGCUUUCGACCUGUCUCCUCAUUCGGUUGUGAAUAGUUAUCAGCGUGUAUAAUAUGGCAAGCUGAACUCGCGUGUUGCUGUAAAAUUGUAUAGAGCAUGUACAGUGUAACAUAAUAUUUGUAUGGAACAAGGUCUUCCUGCUAUUUUUUAACAUAUGCUCGUCAUACUUUCCCUCCUCUUCGAUAAUUUCAUUUUUCUUUCUUUAAUACCACAUUUUAUCGUGCAAUUUAAAUACAUAAGCCAUACGGGAUGCUUCUUCACAGACCUGAACGGCAAAAUCGUGCUGAAGCGUAGGCAGUGCUAAAAUGGAUAACGGAAGAUAAGAAUUUAAUUAAUGCUUGUAACACUGAGUGCAGAUUGCGAUAUCUGUGUGGAUAUUGAUUAUAGGAUGUAGAAAUUUCGUGAAGUUUCACGGUGAACACCCCGGACAGAUGGAAUGAAAACAUCCAAUUAUAUUUUCGACAAUGUAUUUACAAUUGUUCUCGCAUGCAUCGCAUUGCUUGAUAUAAAUAUAACCCAUGAUACUAUUCACAACAUCAGAGCAAUCUGCUUGUUUUGGUAUAUUUCUGAUUACUUGACCAGGAAGAUUCGCCGUGGAAUCUCAUGAAUUUCUUUAUUAAUUCUCUAACAUAAAGUUAUCGUUAUUGUCAAACAUUCUUCGUUUUUACGAAUAGACUGUCUAUGUAAACUAAUAAAUUAAUUAUAUUACAAUAUAAUAUAUGCACUGCAUAACGUGUCACUCAUAUGACGCGCUUGAGAUAAGAUAUAUUUUUAUGAGAAAUUAGUUCAAUAUAUAAAAUAUUAAAAGAAAGAUCUAUAUACCAAGAAUAUCUACUUAAUUCAUACGGAAUAUCCGUACAAGCUUCUGCACACAAUUAAGAAGUAAAUAAGAAUUUGAUGACAUUGGAAUAUAUAACGAAAAAUGUACGUUGUCUAUUUUGCUCAAUAAAAGUUUUAAAAUUGUACCA